AUGUUCCCUGCACUCGACAUUGACAUCAGACCUGGUUCGGGACUCGGUAUCUUUGAGAUCGGGGCAUCGCUAUGGAAUAUCCUACAUAUAUUGCACCGACACCAAGAAGCAUUCCCCCAAGUCGACGUGAAAUAUGAUCCAGAUUCAUCCGUCCUCACACCCAUAAUUCUGCACCUUCGGCCUCACCUUGAUCUCCUCUUCUCUAGCAAGAACCAGCGGCUUCAUACUAUCUGUCUCCGCAGACUUCGCGAUCCCAACCCACCAGUGGUGCUGCGGUACAAGGACACGAUACUUUCGUCUAUAGAUCAGGUGCUGCGGCGCUCUGGAGUCAACAGAACGUUUGGACCGACAUAUGCGGGCGAGGACUUGAAGUAUCCUGGUCUAUGGUUCAGCUUCGAAGAAGAUGGUCUAGGUGAAGGCAUCAAAGGCAACCAGGCAGAAGACAGAGGCCAGGUAGUCAAGCGGGUGUUUGUUUCGCAGAAGCCACUGGAUGGUUCUGACCGUGAUGCCCUGGACGAGGUGAUAGAAUCUCCUACAAUGGCGGGUGAGGUGGCCAAAGCAGUUGUUAAGAUCCACGUUGGAAUAACACUAUUUUUUCACCCCAUCGGAUCCACGGAGCCUCUACACAUUCGGCUGGGGGAGACAACUGCACAAGACUUGACUGUGGAUCUUGGCCCUCCUUCACGAAAGCAUUACAAAGAUGACGACCGUAUGACCAUACAUUUGACCUCAAAUGCAAACGAGGAAGAUAGAGGCUACUUCUACAACUACUUUCAACACGGUCUCGACUUCCUGAUAUCUGGAAAUAGUCACAUAGUGCGGAAGGUCAUCGUUCACACUAAUAUCCCAGGGACGCCUCAAUUUCAGCGCUACAAGCGAUGUAUAUGGGAAUUGGAGGGACAGCCUGAGGACGACGAGGAUGAUUCUCCUCCGAGGCGGCACUUCAGUGACAGGUUUGAAACAAUAAGUCACUUUUUGAACCCAAGAGGCCCUCCGCCUUCGAUGCCUUUAGAUCGCACUGCUGAUGACGAAGGUGUUACCCUCGCGAACCCCACAACACGCCUCUACGGCUACGAUGGUAUUGUCCUGGAAGUAACCGAUUCUUCGCAUGUGGUAUCAUUGACAUUGUUUUGA